UCCUCAUCUACACCAUAUUCAUGUAGAUAGCCGAUCUCGCUUUCAGGGCAACAGACUUCCUGCCAUCUUCCAUCAUGCCAAAAACACGACAGCUUCUUCAGUGAGAAACCACCUAUCCUUACACUAAGGAGGAUCGUAACAUUCUUCAACUGUCUUACUAUGAGCAGAAGAAUAUUUUCUUUGCUUAUUUCAAUGCUCACCAAGCUGGAUCAAAGACGUUGUCCCAUUCUACUUCAGUUGUUCGGAUGUCUGUCAGAUGUUAGACGCUGAAAAUUAGUUACAUGGUAGUUCCAACGUUUGUAUCCCGGCACUGCCAACACUCAGUGCAAUUCCCUGAAUCUUUGACUUUCCAUACAGAAUUGAUGAGGAUUAUGCCGGGUAACGAAGGUGAGAAGGCUAGAUGCGAUGCAGAACCGAAAUUGGCUUCGUCGGUCAGAGGGUAUCGAGUUCUAGCAAAUUGGCCGCUUCCCAUUGAAACUCACCGGCUUGAGGAUGAACGAAUACCGAGUGGCGUGCAUCGUGAUUAUAGAUAUUUAACUGUUGGCUCAUAUGGUUCAGACGUUUUCACAUUCCAUGGUAUAGGCUUCCAAUUUCAACCAAAUGCAAUGGAAUAACCUUGGGACUCUGUGUUUCAACUAUACUCACUC